UGUGUGUGUGUCAGUCAGACUGGAACAAUAUGGCGCCGGCAGCAGCAGCAGCGUUAGCAGCGUUAGCAUCGUUAGCUCCAGGACCAGUGUCUGUGUGAAUGUGACCCGGCAGGAUGACCCUCUGUGCCCAGUACCUGAGACAGGCUGAGGCCCUGAAGGCUGACAUGACAGAUUCUAAGCUGGGGGCGGCAGAGGUGUGGACGUCUCGGCAGGCCCUGCAGGACCUGUACCAGAAGAUGCUGGUGACUGACCUGGAGUACGCUCUGGACAAGAAGGUGGAGCAAGACCUGUGGAAUCAUGCGUUUAAGAACCAGAUCACCACCCUGCAGAGCCAGGCCAAGAACCGAGCCAACCCCAACCGCAGUGAGGUCCAGGCCAACCUGUCGCUGUUUCUGGAGGCAGCAAGUGGCUUCUACACACAGUUACUGCAGGAGCUGUGCACUGUCUUUAACGUGGACCUGCCGUGUCGCGUCAAAUCGUCUCAGCUCGGCAUCAUCAGCAAUAAACAGAGCAACACCAGCGGCAUCGUCAGCCCCCAGCCCAGCUCCUGCUCCUACAUCUGCCAGCACUGCCUCGUCCACCUCGGAGACAUCGCCCGUUACCGUAACCAGACCAGCCAGGCGGAGUCAUACUACCGACACGCAGCUCAGCUGGUUCCAUCAAACGGUCAGCCCUACAACCAGCUGGCCAUCCUGGCCUCUUCUAAAGGAGACCACCUCACCACCAUCUUCUACUACUGCCGCAGUAUCGCAGUCAAGUUCCCCUUCCCAGCAGCCUCCACCAACCUGCAGAAGGCCCUGUCCAAGGCCCUGGAGAGUCGUGAAGAGGGGAAAACCAAGUGGAGUGUGUCAGAUUUCAUCAAGGCCUUCAUCAAGUUUCACGGUCAUGUCUACCUGAGUAAGAGUCUGGACAAAGUGGACGCUCUGAGGGAGAAACUGGAGGAGCAGUUUCAGAGGCUGAUCCUGCAGAAAGCCUUCAGUUCUCAGCAGCUGGUCCACAUCACAGUCAUCAACCUGUUUGAGCUCCACCACCUCAGAGACCUGACGUGUGACGGCAGCGAGCCGGCCUACAGCAGCGAGCAGCAGAUCAGCUGGUUCCAGCUGCUCGGACUCUUCAUGUCCUUCCUGGGCGUCAUGUGCAGCCGUGUUCUGCUCAACAAGACCAGGGGGGAGGACAUCAUGGGGGAGUGUCCUCUGCCGGCCAUCAAAGUUUCCCUGGACUGGCUUAAACUGAAACCCAGCGUCUUCCACGAGGCCGCAGUCGACCAGAGGCAGCAUGUUUGGCCCUGGCUCGUCUCCAUCCUCAACAGUUUCCAGCCCCAAGAGUACGACGUGUCCUGUUCCUCAGUCACUCCCCUGCCAGAGGAGUUUGAGCUGCAGGGUUUCUUGGCUCUCCGGCCGGCUCUGAGGUCUCUGGACUUCACCAAAGGUCAUCAGGGAAUCCUGGUGGACAGAGACGGCCCGCCGGUCCACACUCGACACCAGAGACUCAUCAGUCUGGGUAAAUGGGUGGCAGACAACCAGCCAGGGCUGAUUCAGUGCAGAGUGAGUGAGGACGGUCUCCUCCUGUUCAUCACUGACAUUCCAGAGCAGGCCAUCGAGGAGCCGCAAGAGAGGGAGGCACCGGUGCUGCAGGAGUCGUCAAACGGCGAACAGAUGCCUAACGACGGCGGAAACUCCGGCCUGAAGUCGGUGCUGUCGGCGGGGAAGACGCAGAGCUCGUGGCCUGACAGUAGUGACAGACCCGUCGUCACCUUCAAGGAGAACAUCAAACCCCGAGAGCAGAGCCGCGAAAUGAUGCGGAACCCUCAUCAGAAGGACGGCGGCAAAGAGCGCAGAGACUUCGGUAAAGGCAACGGGGCUGCUGGGAAAGGAGAGCUAAAGAGGGACGGGAAGAGGAAGAGCGAGCUGAAGAAAACCGGCCACGAGAAAACGACUGAGGCCGUAAAACAGGUGAAGGCUCAGACGGAGCUGAGGAAGACUCCGGUGUCCGAGGUGAAGAAGACUCCUGUCACUCAAACUCAAACCACCUGCUCCUCCCAGUUCAUCCCCAUCCAUCAUCCUGGAGCCUUCCCCCCCCUGCCCAGCAGACCCGGUUUCCCGCCCUCAGCCUACGUGAUCCCUCCUCCGGUGGCGUUCCCAGGGCUCCAGGUGAAUCCGGGCUUCACCUUCUCCACCGGCGUGUCCGUCCCCGGACCGUUCCUCCAGCCAGCUGCCCACACUCAGGCUGGCACACAGGUUCAGGCCGGAAAGCAGUCCCACAUUCCCUACAGUCAGCAGAGGCCCUCCGGUCCAGGGCCGGGUCAGGGCCCUGGGUCCAUGAACCAGAGCCCCUCCCAGGGUCAGCAGCCCCUGUCCCAGCCGCCCUCCCAGCAGGCUUUGCAGCAGUCUGUCCAGCUGCAGGUGCAGACGAUGAGCCAGCAGCAGCAGUCUCCCACCAGACCGGUCCAGCAGGUCGGGAUCGGGAAGAGUCCGCCUCACCUCCCAGGACUGCAACAGUACAUGCAGGUCCAGGACCAGCCGGCUCAGAUAUGGAACCAGGCACAGGCGGCACUGCAGAAGAUGAAUCCCAUGCAGAUGUCCAUGAAGCAGCAGCCGUCACAGACGUUCUUCAUGGCGUCUCCGGAUCCUCUCAAACUGUACGAGCACCAGCUGCAGCCACAGCUGUCCAACAUGGACAAGAAGAUCAAGUUCCCCGACGCCAAGAUGCAGGACUUCUACUGGGAGCCAUCCUACAGGAUGGGGGACGGCCUUGCCGUGAUGGCAGACAGGAUGAAGAGGCCCCCACCGGGUGGUAUCUGCUCAGAGCAGGACGGCUCCACCGGGCCCCGGGGGCCCCCCUUUGAGGACAAGAGCUCGCCUCUCCUGCCUCCUGACCUGUUAAAAUCUCUAGCAGAUUUUGAGGAGGAGGAGGAGCUCGUCUUUUCUAAGCCUCCUGAUUUCUUCCAGGCCUUGGCUGCUCCUCUUAGUUCUGCUCCUGGACCAAACAUGUUUCUGUCCAACCAGACCAGGAUGGAGAGCGGCCCCGAGGUCAUCAGCCAAUCGUCUUCUCUUCUGCCCAUCUCUGGUUUCCCCAUGCAGGAGUACAACCAGAACAGCAUCUUCAGUCAGGCGUACGGCAAGACGCUGCCGCCCAGCUCCAAGCCCGACGCUCCCAUGAUGCACCAGGAGCCGUCCCUCUACUCCCUGUUUGAAGGGACUCCGUGGUCCCCCUCCCUCCCUGCCAGCUCAGACCACUCCACCCCGGCCAGCCAAUCCCCUCACUCCUCCAACCCCAGCAGCCUGCCGUCCUCCCCCCCAACACACAACCACGGAGCUAUGCCCUUCUCUAACUUCGGGCCCAUCGGCACUCCGGACAGCCGCGACCGCCGGGUAGUGGACCGCUGGAAGGCCGACAAGACCGGAGCCGUCAGCGGCUUCGGUCUGGACUACCUGCCGGCUGCUGCGUCCUCUGCAGCUUCAGACACCAGCUGGCACCAGAGCGGACCGACCGGCAGCUCCUGGACCAAUCAGGAGUCUCCAAUGGAGGAGUCGUCUUCCACUGUGCUGCUCGACAGCCUCAAGUCCAUCUGGUCCAGCUCCAUGAUGCAGCCGGGCCCGUCGGCGCUGGAGCAGCUCCUCCUGCAGCAGAAACAGAAGCAGCAGCGAGGUCACGGCGCCAUGAACCCGCCUCACUGAACGGCAGCCGGGCGGCGCUUUGUGUCCGGAUGUAAAAACAACCACCGCCAGGAGAAACGGGAGGAAAAAAAACUAAAGUUUGACGAAGACAAGCUCCGACUAAAAUGGAAAAUUAAACCGGUGAGAAACGGUGGAGGCCGGGGAGGUGACACGCCCCCCCGACGAGGCUGAAACACCACCCCCACCCCCUCGGCCGUCGAGGAGCGGUGACCCCCCUCCUGGAUCGGAGGGCGCGGGGUCUCUUCAACCAUGGUGCCACGCGCCACGCCACUGCCGGGUUUCCUUCAACCCGCGGAAAUCUGAACAUUGAGGAACACAACCCCCCCCCCACCACCACCACUGCCCCAGAAGAACUGCUUUCUCCACAACUAGAAAAGGAUGCCACCACCUGGACGUCUGCUCGGUCCUGACAGAGCGCCCGUUUUUAGCGUCUCUGCUGCCGCAGACUGAAGCGAGGUGCUGUGGGAGAGCGAGGACGGUGUGGUGGUCCGGUUCGGGGGGGGGGGUCAGGUGAAGCAGCGGGAGACAAAAUAACAGACUGGACUUUCUGCUUUCUCCGUUCAUUUUCAUUACUGUGGAGGAGGAAGAGGAUGAGGGUACUCUGCAGCUGAUUGGUCGAAUGAAGGAAGGAAAAGGGUUACAGCUAUAUAAAUAUAUAAAUAAAUAUAUAUUGCCAUAGUUGGACUUUAAACGGGUCUUGUCUCUUAGCCGUGUUGUGAGAACGAGGACUAGACGGUGCUUUGUGACGACGGGGGUGUCCCUCACCUGGACAGACUUUGUGCGACCUUUUUGAGAGAAGAGCCGCGACGCCCGAGAGGACGACUUCGUCAGUAAAAGGGAGGAGGGGCUAAGAACACGAGACCCCGUCAGUGUUAGGGAUCGUAUCAUCGUUAGAGAUUUACAGAUAUGAAAAAAAACUGAGUAUUUAGUGAUUUGUUUGUAGCAGUUUUAGCUUCACGCUGUGACGUGAACGCAGCUUUGUCUUUUAACUUCUUCUUCCUGUUACUUCUUUAAUGAAACUGCUCGAUUCCGUCAGUAACUAACCUGCUUCUAAUGUUUCUGUUCAUCGUCUGACGGGAGGGGGGGAGAGACUCUGAAAUCUCGAUUCAUCAGUUUUUCAUCUUUAGUUACAGCUGCUCUGAUUUAUUUUUUUUGCCGCUGAAGCUUCUUCUUGUAAAACCUCAAAGUCACAGGAACCGAACUCGAAGCUUCUUCAGAGACGGAACCAGGAACCAGUGAUUGUUGUCUCAUGCUUCAUCUCCUGGUUGUUGUUUGAUGAACCAGGAAGUUGAUGAGUCAUCUGUUCUUUAUUCUCUGUUUAGAACAGUUCAAAGCGCAGUUUGGUCGAAUCAUAAAUUGAGUUCAGAGAAAGAAACUGGACGAACAUUUAGUACCGAAAUAAAAACUAUCAAUGUAAUUGAUUAUUGUUCUGCUGAUGACUCAACGAUCAGGGAACCAAAGUUCCACCUGAGACUUCCUGCUCUAUCACGUCCGAUUUUCAUUUAGCCCAAGAACCAAAUGGAAAGUUCCUGAGGAUCUUGAGUUCCUCUGGUUCUGUGGCUCCUCUGGUUUCUGUGGCUCCUCUGGUUCUGUGGCUCCUCUGGUUUCUGUGGUUCCUCUGGUUCUGUGGCUCCUGUGGUUCCUCUGGUUCUGUGGUUCCUCUGGUUUCUGUGGUCCCUCUGGAUCUGCAGUCCCUCUGGAUCUGUGACUCCUGAAUCUGCGGUUCCUCUGGAUCUGUGGCUCCUCUGGAUCUGUGGCUCCUGUGGUUCCUCUGGUUUCUGUGGUCCCUCUGGAUCUGUGGCUCCUAAAUCUGCGGUUCCUCUGGAUCUGUGGCUCCUCUGGAUCUGUGGCUCCUGUGGUUCCUCUGGUUUCUGUGGUCCCUCUGGAUCUGGUCCCUCUGGAUCUGUGGUUCCUGGAUCUGCGGUUCCUCUGGAUCUGUGGCUCCUGUGGUUCCUAUGGAUCUGCGGUCCCUCUGGAUCUGUGGCUCCUGGAUCUGCGGUUCCUCUGGAUCUGUGGCUCCUGGAUCUGUGGCUCCUCUGGAUCUGCGGUUCCUCUGGAUCUGUGGCUCCUGGAUCUGUGGCUCCUCUGGAUCUGUGGCUCCUCUGGAUCUGUGGCUCCUGUGGUUCCUCUGGUUUCUGUGGUCCCCUGGAUCUGUGGUUCUGCGGUUCCUCUGGUUCUGCGGUUCGUGUUGUGACAGUUUGGGUUUUUUCUUUCUGUGGGUUCUACCUUGUCGAGUGUUUACAUGGCAUCAGUCCUGGUUCUUUUAGAGCCAAUCAGGAAGCAUUGAGUGACAGCUGGCCAGUGGGACACUGAGGCUCUAGCGCCCCCUUCAGGCUUUAGGCUGCUGCAGUGUAAAGACCAUGGAGGUUUAAUUCAGGCAGACGUCACAAACAUGUCUGUUUUCUGUGAUAGUUUCAUGUUGCAUUAAUAAAAUAAAAAGUUGAAUGUGGAUGAAGCGUCUCACUCGCAGCUCGACGGCUUCGGUCUCCUUUGGCGUGUUUUUCCUUUUUCUAAAUGGACUCUGAUGCGGCGAUGACAUUCCGCUGUGUGAGAUGUUCGGGCAGCGUCAGGGCGGCUGCUCCUCAUUGGUCAGCGCUGAUGUGUUAAUGGGAAACAUUUGACUCUGUAGACUUUCAGAAUUGGUGGAAUGAGCCUUUAAAUAAACGUGAACUAUGUUCUCCUCGA